CUAUGGGGAGCUGUUGGAGCUGUCUGUACAGAGACCCCAUCCGAGACAACCAUCUCACCAAAUUUAAGGUCACCAAUGUGGAUGAUGAAGGUAAUAGUGGGCUCUGGAUCAUGGAGCUCACCCAGACCGAGCUCAUCCUUCAACCCGCCAAGAGAGACGCCAUCCGGUGGCCGUAUCUCUGCCUGCGUCGCUACGGCUACGACUCCAACCUGUUUUCUUUCGAGAGCGGCCGCCGCUGUCAGACUGGGCAGGGAAUCUUUGCAUUCAAGUGUUCCCGGGCAGAGGAAAUCUUUAAUCUGCUCCAGGAGCUGAUGCAAUGUAACAGCAUCAACGUGGUGGAAGAGUCAAUGAUGAUGAGUCGCAGCGGCCACACACCGGAGAUGGACAUGUCUCGCACACCACAGACUCCCAACACUCCAGCAUUUCCUGUCCAGGCUUUUCCCAAUGGAUACCCCGGUUAUCCAAUCAGAGGUGAUUCCUCCCAACCCUCUCUCGCCGAUGAUCAUGGACAUAGCCUCAUGGGUUUGGAGGACCAGACCCACACCUAUGUAAAUACUGUGAGUAAGGGAGAUCUCUCUAUGCGUCACUGUGUGCACUCUCUACCAGAGGUUCGGCCAAGCACUUUCCCUGAAACAACACGGGGAGCCAUGCCUGUCGGCGGCCAAGGGAAUCCACAGUCCAACCUGAGGUGCUGUCCCCUCGACGAGCAUAAAGACCCUCAGGUGUUCUUGCAGCCGUCGUCACAGGAGGUCAAAUUCAUGCUGGCCCGACCCCGGCACAACCAUCUACUGGAGAGAGAGAGGGAGAGGCAUGGGCACAAUCCACACAGCCUUCAGCCAGUAGAGGGAGCAGCAGGGUCAGAGACGGAAGGAGACGAACCCUCUAUGCACCUGUGCAACUCUCACUCCUACCAUUUUCAUCACCACUCACACCGGCACCCGGUCGACCACCCGGACGGCUGCCAGAGCGGUGAGCUCACCUACGAAAACAUAAACGGGCUUCGGGGCGUCCGGAAGCAGCGUCUGAGUCCCAGCAGCGUGUCGCAGUCUGUGGGUUCAAGCAGCAGCAGCAACGGGGACAGUCACUCCCAUUCCCUCAUGCUCCACCCCCACGGCCCAUCGUCUCUUCCCCCGCAGGGCUACGCCUGGAGGGGCAUGGGUGGAGGGCAUCGUCGGACAGCUCUGCUCAACUACGAGAACCUACCCUCUCUGCCCCCGGUGUGGGAGUACAGGGCUCUGCCGGAUGAUGAGCAGGAAGAGGAAGAUGACGAUCAGGACGAAGAGGACUACGGGGAGGAGGACUUUGAUGAGUAUGAGUUCUCAGAAGGUCCUGGGACACCCAACGGGUACCACCAGGACACGGGCAUCCACAGAGAUGCCCUGCAGAACUAUGUAAACACAGAGCAGGUCCAGCCUCCCCGGCUUCGACACGCUUGUCCCCCGCAUCCACGGCCGUGUCAGCCAGACAGAGGGGGGAGAAUAUUUAGCUUUGAUUUGCAGGCGAUCGAGGUCGGGGUCGGGGGCUGUGAGCACAGCCACAUGCCUCCGUCGCGGCAGCUGAAUUACAUCCAGGUGGACCUGGAGGGAGAACCUCCCUGCCAAGGCCUAGCAGGGGGUGCCCAGACCCAGCCACAGCACCAGCGCCUACCACCCAAAAAAUGUGGGCCGCAGGCACCCCGGCGCAGUGAAUGCUACGCAGUCAUCGACCUAAAGAAGACCGCUGCCAUGUCCAACCUGCAGAAAGCUCUGCCCAGGGAUGAUGGGACUUCCAGAAAGACUCGCCACAACAGCACAGACCUGCCUCUGUAAAACGGUGUUCAAACUGAGGAGCGACGA